AGCAUAGAUAGCCUUGAUCUUGGCCUGUCAUUACCAGUACAGACAUAUAGAUCAUGUGCUUGACAAAGCAAUACUAAUAUUUAGUUAAUACGGAGUUGAACGUGUCACAAAAAAAAAAAUUAUGCGGAACACCAAAUCUACGUUAUUUGUUAUUACUUUAACAGUAAUAUUUUUUAUGCUAAUAUCAAAUGUUACAAACAUACUAACCCAUAAAGAUUCGUACACUGUAGCUGAUCAAACCAGAGAAAAGCAAUUCAGUCCAAGAAGAGCAUUACCUCAAAUAACAGAUUCUAAUGAUAAUUUGAUUUGGUUUCUGCAGAUUUCAGAUAUACAUAUUAGCAUGUUUAGAGAAAAGUCAAGAGUAACGGAAUUUAGUGAAUUUUGUCAGAUUACUCUGGAUGUUAUUAAGCCAACUGUGGUUCUAGCAACUGGUGAUCUGACAGAUGCCACAGACUCUGACAAUAUUGGUUCCCAUCAGAACAAAGGAGACUGGGAAUUUUACAAGCAAGUGUUGAAAGAGGCAAAUGUUCUUAACAAAACUAUCUGGUUAGACAUUAGAGGCAAUCAUGAUACUUUCAAUGUCAUCAGUUUGGAAUCGCCACAAAAUUUCUUCACAAAUUAUUCAAUCCAAGGGAAGGAAAAUCCAAGAUCUUACUUGUAUCAGAUUGAGAAGAAUGGUAUAUUGUAUUCAUUCCUUGGGGUUGAUGCGUGUUUGAAGUCUGGACCCAGGAGGCCGUUCAAUUUUGUUGGGCUGCUGUACAAUCAAGAAAUCGAUGAAAUAAAACUGUUAAUUGAAAAGGUGAAGGAGAGUAAAAGUGAGCACACGAUAUGGUUCGGUCACUUUCCAACGUCGUGCGUUCUAAGUCAAAGUGAUGGAAUUCGAUCGUUAUUGGGGAGCCUCAAACAGGGAACGGUUUAUGUAUGUGGACAUUUGCACACGUUGGUCUCCAAUAUGUAUACGCUUCAAAAUGAUGGAUUUUUAGAGUUGGAGCUCGGCGAUUGGAAGAAUAACCGAAGAUAUAGAUUGAUGGCAAUCGAUCACGGUUUUAUUUCAUUCACUGAUGUUGGACAUCGAGAAUGGCCCGUCGUCCUUAUAACUAAUCCCAAAGACGCUCUCUUCGUCAUUCCCGAGAAGGAAAACCUAGAGUCGAUAGCAAAUUCCACACACAUAAGGGUUUUGGUCUUCUCAGUAAGUAAAAUUACUGAAGUGCAGGUGAAUAUAGAUGAAACUGGCUGGCUUACAUGUAUUCACAAGAAUGGUCCACUUUAUGUAUUGGAAUGGGAUCCUAGUAUUUAUGGGAGAGGGUUACAUCACAUUAAGGUUUUCGUAAAAGAUGAAUCGAAUCGGGAGAAAAUCAUCUCACAGCCGUUUUCGUUAGACGGAGCAAGACCUUCUUUUAAACUAUUGUCUAGGAUUGCUUUGAUGGGAAACUUCAGCCUAAUAUUCCAAGGAGCAUUUUACGUUUUCCUUGUCUUAUUGGUGCUUCCUGUUAUAUCAUACAGAUUUAUCCAUAAACUGGUUAUCCAAGGGAAACUGAGGAAACCUGUUAUGCGCAAAGGCUUUUUUCGAACAUGGAUUCGAAAGAUGUGGAUUCUCUCGUCGAUUGAUCGUCUCUUCUGGCCCAUAGUAUUAUAUCCGAUUUACCUCAGCUUUGGUCCAUGGUCAAUAGGUUACAUAAUUGAAGAUUAUAUUGGGGUAGUCUUCCCGUGGGGUAUUUUUGUAAAUGGGUCUUUCCUACCGGGAUCCUUCACAUAUGUAUAUGGCACUUUACACCUUCUUAUCCUCCAAUUACAAGUAUUCAAUUUAGCUAACGCAGUAGAUUCUAGGUUUCGAUAUCAUAUAGUCAAAGCUGAUUUAAAGAAAUCGUUCUGGGGAAAUAUGAAAUUAACUCUGCCGUUCGCGAUGUUGAUGAUCUUACAAAUAAUCUUAGCAUACCUAUUCUGGCUAAUUUAUGGUACAGUGACCUUCCUAUUGGGUCCGUUAAACACUUGGUCGGUCAUAUUUACAGGCGUGCUUUGGCACCUCGCACUUACUCUUCCUGUGAAAUGCAUUAGGGAAGCGACACUGGUUUGGCAAGUCGAAUCUGGAAUGUUACAUCAGACCGACGAUAUUGUAAAUUGACAAUAUUACAAUUUUCUUGAAUAUUAAGAAUAUUUAUGUUAUAAACAAUUUGUGAUAUAGUUAAAUUAGAAUCGAGUGUUCUAAAUGUGUUAUGAAUCUAAUUAAUUGUUAGAUAUUGAAGAGUAAUAUGUUACUAUCUAUUUACAGGAUAUAAUUGCCUAAGAUGCUGUGGAUAUUAAAUAUGGAUAUAUUUCU